AUGGCUGAUAUACAGCGUCAAGCUAUUGAGCAUCUAUUGGGAAGGGAGAACACCUCUGUGGGGACCCGGGAAGCAUUAUCAAUAUCACUGCCACGCGUGUGCAAGCUGUUUAUAGUGGGGACAUGCCCACAUGAUCUCUUCGUGGGUACGAAACAAAAUCUCGGCAAGUGCCACAAGCUCCACCUUGAGAAGUAUCGAUUGGAAUAUCAGAGUCGUGUUGAUCGAGGAGAUAAAUUCCCAGAAUUUGAAUAUGAAUAUUAUAUCCAUCUUCGGCAAUUCAUUGAAGAUCUCGACAAUCAAAUUGCUGUGGCCCGUAAGCGGUUGGAACACACUCCCGAAGAAAAGGUGAAAAUUGCAGAAGCCACUCGUGAAUUAGACGUGGCUGAUAUGCGCAUUGCUCUUAUGACACAGGAGUUACAUGACUUGGUAGAUAAAGGUGAUAAUCAGCGGGCCUUACUACAUACCAUCGCUUUGAAUAAGGAACAAACACAGCGCCAAAAGCUAUUCGAAGACGUGCGAAGCGUUAUCGACAACGUGGGACAAUCCUCACAGCAAAAGCUUCAAGUCUGUGAAGGAUGUGGUGCAUAUUUGUCACGUCUUGACAGCGAUCAACGGUUAGCGCAUCAUUUGAUGGGCAAAAUUCACUUAGGAUAUGUCCAGAUGCGCAAAGCAUACAACCGAUUAGCACUUCAAUAUGGUCAAACCAAACCGUCUGGACUCGGCUGA